AUGGAGGCGCCAGUGCUGUCCCUGGGGCUGCUGGCCGCUUUGGCCGUGUGUGCCCUGGCCCUGGCCCCCGCAGGCAGCUGGAGCCUGAACGAGGAGGAGCGGCUCAUCCGGCACCUGUUCAGCGAGAAGGGCUACAAGAAGGAGCUCCGGCCGGUGGCACGCAAGGAGGACAGCGUGGACAUCUCACUGGCCCUCACCCUCUCCAACCUCAUCUCCCUGAAAGAAGUGGAGGAGACCCUCACCACCAACGUGUGGAUAGAGCAUGGCUGGACAGACAGCCGGCUGCAGUGGGACCCCGCGGAAUUCGGGAACAUCAGCAUUCUGCGCCUGCCCCCUGACAUGGUGUGGCUCCCCGAGAUCGUGCUGGAGAACAACAACGACGGCUCCUUCCAGAUCUCCUACUCCUGCAACGUGCUGGUCUCUGACUCCGGCUUUGUGUACUGGCUGCCGCCCGCCAUCUUCCGCUCCUCCUGCCCCAUCUCUGUCACCUACUUCCCCUUCGACUGGCAGAACUGCUCCCUCAAGUUCAGUUCUCUCAAGUACACGGCCAAGGAGAUCACCCUGAGCCUGAAGCAGGAGGAAGAAGAUAACCGCACCUACCCCGUGGAGUGGAUCAUCAUCGACCCCGAGGGCUUCACAGAGAACGGGGAGUGGGAGAUAGUGCACCGGCCGGCCAGGGUCAACGUGGACCCCAGCGCCCCGCUGGACAGCCCCAGCCGCCAGGACGUCACCUUCUACCUCAUCAUCCGCCGCAAGCCGCUCUUCUACGUCAUCAACAUCCUGGUGCCCUGUGUGCUCAUCUCCUUCAUGAUCAACCUGGUCUUCUACCUGCCGGCCGACAGUGGUGAGAAGACAUCCAUGGCCAUCUCGGUGCUCCUGGCCCAGUCUGUCUUCCUGCUGCUCAUUUCUAAGCGGCUCCCGGCCACGUCCAUGGCCAUCCCUCUGAUUGGCAAGUUCCUGCUCUUCGGCAUGGUGCUGGUCGCCAUGGUCGUGGUCAUUUGUGUCAUCGUGCUCAACAUCCACUUCCGGACGCCCAGCACCCACGUGCUGUCCGAGGGGGUCAAGAAGCUCUUCCUGGAGACUCUGCCCGAGCUGCUGCACAUGUCCCGCCCAGCGGAGGACGCACCCGGCCCCAGGACGCUGAUCCGUAGGAGCAGCUCUCUGGGCUACAUUUCCAAGGCCGAGGAGUACUUCUCGCUCAAGUCCCGCAGUGACCUCAUGUUCGAGAAGCAGUCAGAGCGGCACGGGCUGGCCCGGCGCCUCACCACUGCACGCCGGCCCCCAGCAAGCUCUGAGCAGGCCCAGCAGGAACUCCUCAGUGAGCUGAAGCCUGCCGUGGAUGGGGCAAACUUCAUCGUCAACCAUAUGAAGGACCAGAACAAUUACAAUGAGGAGAAGGACAGCUGGAACCGGGUGGCCCGCACGGUGGACCGCCUCUGCCUGUUCGUGGUGACGCCUGUCAUGGUGGUGGGCACAGCCUGGAUCUUUCUGCAGGGCGCGUACAACCAGCCCCCACAGCAGCCUUUCCCAGGGGACCCCUUCUCCUACGACGUGCGGGACAAGCGCUUCAUCUAG